AUGGACGCCUCGGCGGCGGAGGCAUGGUUUUCGUGCUUUCCAAUGAGAUCAGAUGGCGACCAUUGCGCAAGUGGUGCGCGGAAAUACGGGCGUGGUCAGGCGAUGUCACCGACCGACGCGGUCAUCGAGCACAUGAAUCGCUUCGCUGUACUGGCGAUAGUUUCUUGUUUCGUGGACGAAUCGUCGCCCGAACAAGGAAUCGACGAAGAAACACAAGGCGCCGCCGACAGAUGA